UUAGAUACAAAACGUUUGAUUUCCAUUGAUGAAAAGUCCGAAGUUGCAAUAUCAUUUUUCGAAGAGCUUAAAUUCAAGCACGACCAUCGAGUUCAAGCAGAGCAAACUCUUAGAGACACGGUUGAAUACCUAUUAAAUUACCAUGAAAGGGAA